ACGCACAGUGAUGGCGAUUGUCCACCUGUUAUUUGGAUGCUGUUAGAUGCUGAGGAAGAGGGAGACUUGCAACUUUGCAAGUCAAUGUGCUCCGGCUCAAAUGAGCUUCUUCCACCUAGCUCGCCCCUCUCCGUCCUCCGUCCGCGUGUUCGCCGAUCUGCUGCUGUCGUCUCCACAGAUGGGCAGGGCGGUCGAGCUCAGCUCCAUGGCAGGACCUUGAGCUUCUCUCGUCUGCCACAAGCGUCAUGGCGAUGGCAGGUCUGCACGAACAUAAUGCCAUGGUAGGCCGCCAAAGCUUGAUCUAAACGGAGAAACUCAGUGGGAGGAGGGAAGGGGGUGUCUCACUGUCCGGAAGCCGCCCUACUUCACCCUAUUGGUCGGUCUGCCAUUAAAUGCAGGGACAAGGAGUACGUGCCCUCACCAUGAGCCAUGUUCAUGGCCUUCACAUGUGUCAAACGCAUAACUUGGUUGGUUAACGCGACGGCGCCGAGCCCUCCUCCGUCGUCGCCACCUCAAGAUCCCCCCGACCGAACAGAAUGGUGAGCGCAACCGCGGUCGCAUUCCUCGCCCUCUGCGCGUCUUUCAUCGCCGUCCAAGUUCCUUCCUUCUCCGACCAGCCGGGUACCACCAAUACACCCGCUCAAGCUGCCCCGUCCAACGGCGCUCUCCAGGUCAUGCUGCCGUUGGCUACGAUGGAGACAAUCUUCACAGCCGUGGCGUUCAUCUACGGGCACCAACACCAUGCCGCCGCCGCCGCCGGCAACUGGCGCCUGUCGGAGUUCAUCAUCUUCAUCUUAUGCCCGUUGAUUGGCCGCCUCGAGUUCUUCUUGUUUGUCCAGCAGCCUGUGGGUGGCGUGGACGACGCGGCGCACGCUCGCGCGCUCGGUAUGGCUGCGGUCCAUGUGCUGCCUGCUGCUGCGACGGUGACCUUCUUUCUGGGCAUGGCGCUCGUCUUUGUGCACGUCUGCGCCGGCGGCGGAGGUGCCGUCGCAGAGGACGGACCAAUCCAGGCAGUCUUGGGGGUCCUCCCCAAGAUGGUGCUCGGAGCGGCAGCAGCACUCAUCAGCCUGAUGGCCAUGGUCGUCUACGCAAAAUGGUAAAAUUAAGCAAAUUGGAACAGGGGGCUGGGGGCUAUAAGUUUGAUCGGGUUCAUCGUGGUGGAGAUAUUCUGGCAAUGGCAUCUACCGAGGAAUGGAUUUUAAUAUUUUAUCACAUGCAAUUGAAAGAUGAAUCUUGUACUUAAUACGGUCGUGCUGGUUACUUGUGAUACUUUGAACUUGUGUGUGGCUAUUUUGAUCAAAACUUGUCUCUGGAUGAUCUAUCAUCAUUAAUUUGAUUGUUCUAAUA